AUGGCAUCCUUCGUGAGCCAGUCAAAGGUUGAGACAAAGAAGUUUAGAAGCCCAUCAACCUCCUCUAGAAGCUACGUAAGUAUAAGUAAUGGUUUAGAUAGUAAACGCAGUAAAGUUCUGGCCGAAGAGAGACAGAAGGCCGACAAAAUACGCCGGUUGAAGAAGGAUAACUGUGCUUUGGAAAGUGCUAUCAAGAUUCUUGCAAGCUAUUCCAGAGAACAAGAAAUAGAGUGUUUGAUCGACAAGUGGCGAUCCAUAUGCCAGGCAGGAAUGUCGUAUUUGCUAAACUCAACGUUACUCAAAAUAAACAAGAUGGGCGGCUAUGAAGAGCUGGUACGGAAAGAAGUCGAGGCCGAAAAACGUAAGCUUGAGUACCAGCUCAGUGGUCAACUAGAAUACGAAAUAGAUGAUGUAAUUGAGUCCGAAGACUUCAAAAAGAUGUCAGUAUUGGACCAAGAAGAAUUGAAACGACAACUGUACGAAAGAAAAGAGGAGGCGGAUAAAGCUCAACAGGCACAGAUGGAGAAGCUGGAUGCUAGAGUUGAAGAAAGUUCUGGUAAAGAAUUCACAAUGCAGAAUCUUGCUCGCCGUCUCAAAGUCAAUUAUGAAAUGAUUUUCGAAAGCUAG